AUGUUUGUACAAGCAAACCCGCAUAGAGGAAAGAGCGAGGAAGAAAAGCAGGCCGACAGAGACAAGUUCCAAUAUGGCGACGUGGUCAUGCCGAGAUUGCGGAGGAGGAAUGGUCAAGACGAAGAGGAGGAGCGAAGAGCAUUGGAGGAGGUGCAGCAGUUGAGCUUGAGAGAGGCGGGCAUAGAUACAACGAGUAAUGUGGCCGCAGUAGACCACCUGGAACCACCGCGCGAGAGAAGGCGGAGAGAGCGAAGAGAGCACAGUGGUGACAGACGCGAGAGAAGUUCAGACACGAGAAGUGCGGAUGAGCGAUCGCGGAGUCGGAACCAGGUCAGCGCGUCCGCUGCGGCCAGAGAGGUGGUCCCCCCAAGAGUCAUAGAACAUCAGUCGAGUCUACGGAGCCUGCUAAGUGCAAGUGAGCUGGAUUCGCAAGAGAUGGAGGAGGAAAUUAUGCGCCAGAUCAUGGAAGAAGGCCUGCUAGAUGGCAUCGAUCUCAACAACAUCGACGUUGCGCAGGAAGAUGAGAUCAGCGAGAGGAUAGCGCAGGCAUACAGAAGACGACAAGAGCAGAAGAGGAGGGAAAGGCGGGAGCGAAGGGACAGGCUUGCAAGAGAAGGCUUGAUCAGCGCCUCGGGUACGUCGACGCCGGAAAUACGGAGUCCACCGGUUCGAGAAGACGAGCAACAACGAAGGAGGCCGCACACGAGGUCUUCGAGCAACACGCCUAAUCCGCGAGAUAGAGACAAUAGACCUCCGGUGUCAAGGCCUGGACUCUUGGAUGUUGCGAAUCAAGGGUCACGCACACGGCACACUCGUUCGUCUAGUCAAGGUAGCUCGAGGUCAGCUAGGGAACAUCGGCCUGCGCCUCUAGCAGUCGUGUCCGCACGGGCACACAACAAUUCGCAGCCUGAACUACUUGGUCCAACCUCAGCACCGGGCAAUAGCGCCGGCCGUAGGCGUCAGUCAGACAACGAACAGAGGGGUGCUCUAGAAGGCCGUGAGCAGUUUCGGAGUAGCGUUCAGGCACAAUCUUCUUCGAAUCCCAGUUCGCCGCGAAGGUCUGCUUUCAACUUUGUCACCACUACUGAAAGUCCGACAAGUGCUACGCCUGUUGUGGUAUCUCCCUUGACAAGUCCGGUUUCAUCUGUCCCUCCAGCAACUGAACAAGCACCAGCCUCUUCACGCCGGACUACAGAUCCAGCGGGCGCCAGACAGCCUCGCAUCCCUAUUAGUGGUACACCUCCAACGGCAUCGCCACCUACAUUUCCUCGCUCCACGACUGACCCUACGAUUGGUUCAUCACGCUCACAUGACACGCCGAUUGCCGCUCCCGUAGCAACACCGACUUUAUACCCAGAACCCCAUGUUUCGUGUCGUGGCUGUGGAAAGGAUCACAUCGAGUAUGACUUGCACUACAACUGCUCGCGUUGCGAUGAAGGGGCAUACAAUCUAUGUCAAGCUUGCUAUCGUCGUGGGAAAGGCUGUAAGCAUUGGUAUGGAUUCGGGUGGGCGGCGUGGCCAGCAUACCAACAAAAAGCACCGCCCGGUGGAUAUCCUCCGAAUCACGAAUAUCCUCACAUAAUGCGUGGACAUCGAUUUCGGAGACCACAAAUGCCGCUUACCGAAACUGCAACGGCACCCCACGUCCUACAAAGUGAGGAUGACCCCUCACAGAGACUUGAAGGUGGAGUCUUCUGCGACAUAUGUGCGCAGUGGGCGGAUGGAUGCUACUGGAAAUGCGAUUACUGCAAUGAAGGCGCAUGGGGGUAUUGCAAUGACUGCGUGAACUCAGGCCGACACUGCACGCAUGCACUCCUUCCAAUCUCUCAUGUAGGAAGAGAGCGUGCAUCUUCACGACCAACCCCCGCGGUGGCCAGUACUGAGCCGCCUUCUACUCCUCGGUCGAACCACCUCGCGCCUCCUUACCCGUUGGACCCAUCACCACCAGCCACACCACCCCUCACGCCGCGAGCCGCAUCCCUCAUCAGCGGCCCCGGCCACGUCACCCUCGCAAACUCCACCUACCGCCCCCUCACAUUCACAACGCUCUGCAACAUCUGCACGUACCCGAUUCCUCCUUCGCACACGCGGUACCACUGUCUGAAGUGCAAUGCAGGGGAUUAUGACGUCUGCUCCAGCUGCUACCAAAAGCUCGUCCUCUCAGGCCGCAUCAGCAAAGAAGACGGUAUGUACGGUUGGCGCCGCUGCCUACGCAACCACCGCAUGAUCGUGAUCGGGUUCGAAGAUCGCGACGGCGGGCAACGCCGUGUUGUUGUCCGCGAUCUCGUUGGAGGCUUCUCCCUACGCGACGAGCAAGCCGAAUCCACCACCACUUCCCCGCCUUCACCUACCGCCGCAGAGAAGUGGACUUGGCGUGACACCGAUGGCUCACGGCAGCAAUUCCGCUCUCCCAAUGCGCCAAAGACAACGCCAUCGACACAACGCUUCCCGCCCGAUGGCGGCGUCGGUCUCAGGAUACAGGCACGCUGGAGUUACUUCCCUGCUGAGGGUGUGACGGAUGAGCUGGCGUUUCCGAAGUUUGCGGAGAUCACCGAAGCGGAGGAUAUCAACGGAGAUUGGUGCUGGGGUGUGUAUGCGGGGGCGAAGGGGCUAUUUCCUGGGGUUAUGGAAGGGUCGUGGGGGCAGUGGGGAGAGGGAGGGAGGUUCUAA